ACUCAGUCACGUACUUGUCAAAGGUGCGCCUGAACAAACUCUAGAUUACCUUGUGAUGCUGACUUAUCCACUGGACCUCAAAGUGAAUGUGGUAAUGCGCUAUCCAACGCAACAUGUCUGUAGAAAACAGUUUGGUACGGAACGCACGAGUCCACAUCACUGCUCUUAGACUUCACCAUUGAUUCAUCGGAGUGCUUAACAUUCCGUUUGAUUAUAACCCACUCCUGCCCUUAUACAUAUCAUAAAAUCGUUCAUCGUCUCCUCGAUUUACUUACAGGCAUGGGAACUAGGGGAUACUACGUGAUCCGCUAUCGGAACAUGUAUUUCACCUCACGCCACUAUUCUUAUGGUUUUCCAGAAUCGCUUGGCUUAAAAGUGCUUCAGUCUAUACGACAGCCCAAUGGCAUCGCGACAUAUCGGCAAGUGUUUGGAGAGAUGCUGGACGGGUUGACGAGUCCUUCGCAUUCUCUAUUACUGAUAGAAAAUGGUGACGAUUUUGAACCCCCCUCCGAGCAGCGGCCACAACGUCCCAUCUGGAUUUACGAGAUUGAUCUUGAUCACAAUAUCUUUCACAUAAACGGGAUACCUUUUUUCACCUUGGAAUGCCUUCCAGACGAUGAGGCUUUUGUCCAAUACGCCUCCGAAGAUCGUUAUGGCCACACAGCUUGCACAUCACGAUGCCCCCCUGAGCACAAGUACAAGAAGCCAGCGCCACCGACCAUUGACAUUUCUGGCCUCGCGACGUACCGGUCUUUGAUAUGCACCGGAUCUCAGGUGGCUUUGAGUGAUCUGCUCAACAUCAGUGACAUCCUGUCUCAACGCGAGCACGUUCGGGUCUCAUUGCUAGAGGUUAUGAUUGGGCAGUGCAUGUUUAGCUCAGUCAUUUGCAAGGAGAUCCAUGAAAUUGAGUUUGCCAAUGACCACAAUCAAUUCACAAACGAUCAAUGGUCAAUUGCAUGCUUCAUGGCCAGCAUUGUGUUUGUUCCUCAGAUGUUCGACCAUAUCCGGCGCGUUUGCCAUCCCGAGCCCAAAAGAAAAGAGUUCACUUGGGUUCGCGGAGACACUGUUGUUUGCAUCGCAACACAUUUAGACAACGAGCAAUGCCUACAGGCCUCUGUGUCACGCCUGAUCAACGCGAUCUUGGAGCAGAAGGAUAAUCCUGGUUAUUACUUUGGAAUUGCGUUUUCCGUCAACCAUUGUGCAAUCAUCAAAGUCGUCAAAGACACGCACACAAUUACAUUCAGCCAUACGAAUGCCCUCCAAUUUUUACCAUCAUUCUACGCACGUUCACCUUCUACGCCAGGAAUCACUGCGCUCGCCCGUCUUGGCUAUCGCAUUGACCCCGCACUCUUUGAGCGUGUUAUGGAGAUUUGCAAUUACAAGUUGCGCAUGCCAGUGAGAAUUCAAACAGAGCAAUCGCUCGCUCAGGGAGCUGCUGACGACGAUGAUCAUGAUGUGUCACCCAACACCAUCUGUCCACCGCUGCCUCUUGAGCUUUGGCAGGAGAUCGCCCGUUAUCUCCCCCACUUUGAUCUCAUCACCCUCGGAUUGGUCUCAAACCUAUGUCGUGAAGCAGCCCUGAUGCUACUCCGCUAUCCCUACCUCUGUGGCUACCGCCUGGUCUCCCCUCCCAAAAAAAUACCAAAAUAUCUGCGGGGGAAGAAACGCCUCUCUAUGCGGGCUGCAUCUUUUUCCGCUGUACGAGCCGGCUUUCGUUCUACUGUGUAUAUCGGAGUGGAGUCUGAAGAUAUACCAUCGAAGAGCAUGAUCACUCCUCUUAGAGUGAAAAAAUUCCGGCUGUAUGUGGAGUUUUCACGCAAGCGACGCUACGGAUGAAAAGCUCCUUGAAACAGAAAAACCAAAGCUCUCGUGGCGUUUAGUACGACUAGAAACCCCGAUGUCGCCGAUCAGGAAGCAAGCGCACAUGGAAUCCCUGAGUCCCUCGUAGGCUGUGGUCGAGGUUGUAACUUGUAUCAAAUUAGACACUUCACGGACCACAUUCAUGAUAAUUCUGCUUUCUGUCCAGCCGUAAUAGUUUAUGACUUACAAGGCUAUGUAUACUUGGGUUGAACUUUGAACGCUAUACAGGUGCUCUCCGUAAAAUCAAGAC